CAUUACCUUAUUUUAUUACCACAGUAAUAUUUCAUUACCAUUACCGCCUAAUACCAUGUUGUUUGAUGGUAAUGAAAAUGGCCCUUUUUGGUAAUUUCAUUACCUUAUUUUAUUACCAUCCAUUACCAUUGAAGGUAUCCAAACAACCAAAAUUUUCAUUACUUAAUUUUAUUACCAUUAUCGCCCUCUAAUACCAUAUACCAAACGGGCCGUAAGAUUAAUAAAAAUAAAUGGGAAUCCGUUGCGCAUCAAAUAAUGUUAUACUCGCCCUCCACCCUAUUAUAAAUACACCCAUAAUGUUUCCCUAGCUACUCUCACAAAAACUUCUCAUUACAAAACUAUUUCAUUAAAAAAAACCCAAGUUUUUUCUUUUAAAAAAAAAGAGUCUUUAGUUUUCCAACUCAAAAGAAAAACAAAAAACAAUGGAGAUUGAUUUGUCACCAAAAGUGUCGAAGAAAGUGAAUGGAGGUGAAGGUGGGUCCUACUAUUCAUGGAGUCCCGCUGAACUUCCAAUGCUUGAAGAAGGUGACAUUGGUGCUGCUAAGCUUUCUCUUCAAAAGAAUGGCUUCGCUCUUCCUCGCUAUUCUGAUUCUUCUAAAGUUGCUUAUGUUCUUCAAGGUGAAGGAGUAGCUGGAGUUGUCCUCCCUGAGAAAGAGGAGAAGGUGCUUGCCAUCAAAAAUGGGGAUGCUAUUGCACUUCCUUUUGGUGCUGUCACUUGGUGGUUUAACAAAGAGGAUACUGAACUAACCAUCCUCUUCUUGGGCGACACCGCCAAGGCUCACAAACGCGGAGAAUUCACCGAUUUUUUCCUUACCGGCUCAAAUGGUAUCUUCACUGGAUUCACAACAGAGUUUGUAAGUCGUGCGUGGGACUUACCUGAAGAUGUAGUCAGCACACUCGUUACUAGCCAAUCUUCCAGUGGAAUCGUCAAGCUUAGUGAAUCGAACACAAUGCCUAAACCAAACAAGGAACAUCGUGUUGGUUUUGCGUUGAAUUGUGAGGAAGCACCCUUGGAUGUGGACAUCGAGGGUGGUGGUAAGGUGGUCGUCUUGAACACCAAGAACUUGCCAUUGGUGGCUGAUUGUGGGUUUGGCGCUGAUCUUGUAAAGAUCUACGGAAACUCAAUGUGCUCUCCCGGGUUCUCUUGUGAUUCCGCCCUACAAGUGACUUACAUUGUACGAGGGAGUGGUCGAGUUCAGAUUGUUGGGGUUAACGGUAAGAGAGUGUUGGAGACGUCAGUGAAGGCAGGAGAGUUGUUUAUUGUUCCGAGGUUCUUUGUGGUUUCUAAAAUUGCCGAUGAAGAUGGUUUAGAGUGGUUCUCGAUCGUUACUACCCCUAACCCGGUUUUCACGCACUUGGCUGGAAGGACUUCGGUUUGGAAAGCGUUAUCCCCGGAAGUGUUGGAAGCAGCGUUCAAUGUGCCUAAACAAGUCGAGCAACAAUUUCGUUCCCAGAGGACUAAUGCUGAAAUUUUCUUCCCACCUCCCAAUUAAGACUAUUUAUUUUUACUUUUACUUUUAGCACAAAAAUAAGCAAUUUUUGCAUAUGAAGUAUGUUAAAUGACAAUGGGUGGAUUUUAUUAUGGACAAUUUUUGUAAUUUCAUUUUUACCAAAAUGCAUCAUAAAGAAUAAAAAAACUAAGAGAUACUAGCAAAUUGACGUAUUAUUUAUGUGUAUUUUUAAUAUUGCUAUAUUUUCUUUUAUAGAUACGAUUUCACUAUUUUAACACAGUUUUAUCUUACUUUAUACCUCUCUCUCUCACUCAGGAACAUGCAAAUUGACUAUGCCCUUAGCAAAUGCUCCUCUUAGGUUAAGAGGGGGCUUGAAUACGAACUUCAAUCAAGCGGAUACUCCCUUUGUCUCUAAAAGUUUGUCAUUUUUAGCUCGUUUUUUUUAUUUUGUUAUAAUUUCCCUUUAUGAAAAUGUCAUCAUUGUUGUGAUGGAACAAUACCCUGAAUGCAUAGAUUUGUGGGAUUCAUAGAUUUGUGGGUUUCUAUCUCUUUCAAUAGUAAUAUAUUUGUCUCCUUACAACAUCUUGCACUAUAUAUAUGUGCAAGAUCUUGAAUGCUGAAACAAUGUAAUAGAAGUUAAGACAAACUGAUAUAAGUUUAUACUACUUUUCUCCUCAUAUUCUCCCUACCUCUUAACAAUCAUCACUUUCAUUUAUUUUCAUUCACAUAUUUCAAUAUUGCUUUAAAAUCAUCCAUACAAUUUAAAUAGUCUUAUUAUUUUUAAAUAGAUUGGAGUAUAAAUAAAAGUGGUCAGCACA